AUGUCAGGAUCUACUACUACUCAGGUUCAAGUGGUAGAUGGAGUUGCCUUAACUGAGAUUUUCAAAGAGUUAACUUCAAGUUCUGAAGAAGAAAGAGCUAAAUAUGCUGAAGAACUACAUAAUUAUUUGUCGUCCAUUGCCAGAGAUUUAUCAUCUGAACAAUUCAAUAGAUAUAAUAAUGAUAUAAAUAAGACAAUUUUUGAUUUAUUGCAUGGAGAGAAAACUGCAGAGAUUUUAGGAGGUAUUGCUGCUUUAAAUGCAUUGAUUGAAUUUGAUUCAGGUGUAGGUAAAGAAAAUGCUGGAAAAACUGCAAGAUUUUCCAAUUAUCUUGGGUCUUUAAUUUUAUCUAAUGAUUUGAUAAUUAUGAAACAAGCAAUUAGUACAUUGGGUAAAUUAGCAACUUUAGGAGGAAAUUUAACUGGAGAUUUUGUUGAUUUUGAAGCUAAAAGAGCAAUAGAAUGGUUACAAAGUGAUAAUAAGCAACAUGAAAAUAGAAGACAUGCAGCUAUAUUGAUCAUUACUGCCCUUUCUGAUAAUGCUCCUACUUUAUUAUAUCCUUUAAUUAAUCAAAUUUUGGAGAAUUUGUGGUUACCUUUAAGAGAUCAUAAACUUAUUGUUAGAGAGGAUGCCGCGAUUGCCCUUAACAAGUGUAUGCAUAUCAUUUAUGAUAGAGAUGUGAAUGCUCGUACUUUUUGGAUUAAAAGAAUGAUUGAACUGGCAUCGAAAUUACUUAACGAGAAUGACGUAACAGAAACGUCUGAUUCAAACUCUUCAUACAAUAUUGCCCUUAGUGGUCAAUCUAGUGAAAAUAUCCAUGGUUCAUUGUUGAUCUACAGAGAAUUACUCAAAUACAAUAAGGAUCCUUUUAUCAUUUCAAGAUUUGAACAAAUGUAUGAAAAUACCUAUUUGUACAAGCACCAUAAAUUACCAAUUAUAAGACAAGAAUUAACUAAUAUCUUCCCCUUGUUGUGCAGAGUCAAUACAGAAUUGUUUGUGGAAAAAUAUUUACAUAGAACAUUAUAUUAUUAUUUAUCACAACUCAAGAAGUACAAAGGUCAACAUACUGAAGUUGCUAAUGCUGAUAAAAGUGCCAUUUUCAAGAGUAUUGGUUUGAUUGCCUUGGAAGUUGGUAAUCAAAUGGCAACUUAUUUAGAUGCAAUUUUAGAUAAUAUUAGAGAAGGGUUAUCAUAUACAUCAAAUGCGGGAGUGCAACUGAUUCUAGCCAAAGCUGUUUCAAACGAAAAUCCAAAUAUCAGUACGGCCAAUAUAGCAUCUUUGACAUCUGGUUCAAAAUACACUGCCAGUAGAAAAGAAACCGAACCAGCUAUUUUUGACUGUAUUGCAAAAUUAUCAAUUGCUGUUGGUCCUGCAUUAACAAAACAUUUACAAAGAGACAUAUUAGAUAUGAUGUUUUCCAAUUGUUCUUUAUCUAAACAUAUGCAAGAUGUUCUUCAAAUUUUGAUUAUCAACAUUCCGACAUUAACAAAUUUGAUUAAUGAAAAAUUAUUAAACUUGUUGAGCUUAGUAUUAUCAGGUAAAGGGUUCCAACCACCAGGAUCACCUUUUGGCACCAUAAAGGUAAACCCAUCACUAGCGAGAGAUUGCAGAUUGAUUAUGAUUUCAAGAGACACAGGUAUGAGUAUCAACAACAUAUUGAUGAACCAAGAACAAUAUGAUAAAUUGGAUAGUAAAAUAUUGAUUCUGGCGUUGGAGAUGUUGGCUUUUUUUGAAUUUGAAAACUAUCAGUUGAAUGAAUUUGUAAGGUAUUGUACUAUCACAUACCUUGAACAUAAUAAUGCCAAGGUUCGUCUCACUGCAACUGUUACUUCUUAUGAAAUUUUUGUUAAAGAUCCCAUUUGUCAACAAGUAAGUGUCAAUGCAUUAAAUACUGUCAAUGAAGUUUUGGGGAAAUUAUUAUCAAUAUCAAUUACUGAUCCAACUCCAGAAAUUAGAUUGGCUGGGUUGAAUUGUUUAGUCAAAGCUGGCAAUUUUGAUCCUCAGUUAUCGCAAGCCGAUAAUGUUCGACUUUUGUUUAUUGCCUUGAAUGAUGAAGUUUUUGCUGUAAGAAAAGUUGCCAUUAAAAUACUCGGAAGAUUAUCAUCAAUCAACCCAGCAUAUAUUGUUCCCUCACUCAGAAAAACACUUAUACAAUUGCUUUCAAAAUUGGAGUAUUCUACUACCAGUCGUAAGAAGGAAGAAAGCGCCAUCUUAUUAUCUUUACUUAUUAGUAGUUCCAAUGAGUUAUCUCGUCCUUAUGUCAAACCAAUAGUUGAUGCAUUAUUACCUAAAGCCAAGGACUUGAGUUCAUCCGUUGCUUCUAGUGCUAUCAAGUGUUUAGGUGAGUUAUCAGUUGUUGGAGGAGAAGAUUUAAAACCAUUUAUCCCUGAAUUGAUGCCUUUGAUCUUGGAAACAUUCCAGGAUCAAAGUUCGUCUUACAAAAGAGAUGCCGCUUUGAAAACUUUAGGUCAAUUGGCAUCUUCUUCUGGGUAUGUAAUUCAGCCAUUACUUGAUUAUCCACAAUUAUUAGGUAUGCUUGUGGCAAUUUUGAAACUGGAAACCUCUGCUGAUAUCAAGAGAGAAACUGUUAGAUUGUUGGGUAUUUUAGGUGCACUUGAUCCUUAUAAACAUAGAGAAGUUGAGCAAACAUCAAAGAGUAUACCGGUAGAACAGAAUGCACCACCAGUGGAUGUUGCAUUAUUGAUGCAAGGAAUGUCACCAUCAAAUGAAGAAUAUUAUCCAAAAGUUGCCAUUACUACUUUGAUGAAAAUCUUGAAAGACCCAUCAUUAAGUAUUCAUCAUACAAAAGUUAUUCAAGCUGUGAUGUACAUUUUCCAGACUUUAGGACUUAGAUGCGUUGCAUUUUUACCACAAAUAAUUCCUGGAAUAAUCAACGUCAUGCAUACGUGUCAACAAUCAAUGCUUAAAUUUUAUUUCCAACAGUUGGGUGAUAUCAUCUUAAUUGUCAAGCAACACAUUCGUCCAUUUUUAGAUGAUGUUUUUGCUACUAUCAAAGAAUUUUUUAAUAUCAACUCCCAAUUGAAUAUCCAAGUCACAAUAAUUAAUGUUAUUCAAUCUAUUUCACGAGCAUUAGAUGGUGAAUUUAAAAUGUACUUACCAGAAGUGUUGACAUUAUUGCUUGGAGUAUUUGAAGAUGACAAGUCAGCAAAAAGAUCACCGUCAUUGCAUGUGUUAAAGAGUUUUGUCGUUUUCGGCAGCAACAUAGAGGAGUUUGUUGAUAUAGUCGUACCAAACAUUGUCAAAUUAUUUGAAUGUGGACCCGUUGAAUUGAGAAGAGCAGCAAUCGAGACCGUUGGUAGAUUAUCAAAGAAUGUUAUGUUGAAUGACAUGGCAUCAAGAAUUAUUCAUCCAAUUUUAAGAAUUCUUAGUCUGGGUAAUAUCGAUCUUCGAGAAUCUUCAAUUAAUACUUUGACAUACAUGUUGCUUCAAUUAGGACCAGAAUUCACUGUAUUCAUUCCUGUUAUUAAGAAGACAUUGUUACAGAAAAACAUCCAUGCUCCUAAAUUUGAACAGUUGGUGCAAAAAUUGGUAAGUGGAGAUCCAUUGCCACUUCAUUUGGAUAUUUACAAGGAUUAUGAUUACAGCCGUUAUGAUCUUGCUGAUUCGGAUAUGCCUUCAAAGAAGCUUCCUGUAAACCAAGCGGCAUUAAAAGCAGCAUGGGAUGCCAGCCAACGUCGUACCAAAGAAGAUUGGCAAGAGUGGAUUGGUAGAUUAAGUAAAGAAUUAUUGUUGCAAAGUCCAUCACAUGCUAUAAGAGCUUGUGCCGGGUUGGCCUCUGAUUACUAUCCAUUAGCUAAAGAUCUUUUCAAUGCUAGUUUUGCUAGUUGCUGGAGUGAAUUGUAUUCUCAACAUAAAGAAGAACUAGUUGAAGCUUUCUGUAUUGCACUUUCAUCACCAAGCAAUCCACCAGAGAUUCAUCAGAUUUUAUUGAACCUUGCUGAAUUUAUGGAACAUGAUGACAAACCUUUGCCAAUUGCUAUUUCUACUUUGGGUCAAUACGCCCAACGUGCUCAUGCUUUUGCUAAAGCUUUACAUUAUAAAGAAUUGGAAUUUUAUGACCAACCAACUACACCUACUAUUGAGUCCUUAAUUAGUAUUAAUAACCAAUUACAGCAAUCUGAUGCGGCUAUUGGUAUUUUGAAACAUGCUCAAUUACACCAUGACUUACAAUUGAAGGAAACGUGGUAUGAAAAAUUGCAACGAUGGGAUGAUGCUUUGAAAGCUUAUAAUGAAAGAGAAAAGACAGAACCAAAUAAUAUGGAUAUUACUAUCGGUAAGAUGAGAUGUUUGCAUGCAUUAGGUGAAUGGGAACAAUUAUCCGAGUUGGCUCGUAGCAAGUGGGAUAAUUCAUCAAGUGAUGUAAAGAGAAGUGUUGCACCACUUGCAGCUGCUGCCGCUUGGGGAUUGGGACAAUGGGAUCGAAUGGAUUCUUGUAUUAGAGUCAUGAAGGCUGAAUCACCUGAUAAAGCAUUCUUCAAUGCAAUUUUAAGUCUUCACCGUAAUAAUUUCGAUGAUGCGUCAAUACAUAUUUUGAAAGCAAGAGAUUUAUUGGUUACAGAAAUUACUGCUUUAGUAAGUGAAAGUUAUAAUAGAGCUUAUGGUGUUGUUGUGAGAGUUCAAAUGCUUGCAGAAUUGGAAGAAAUCAUCAAAUACAAAUGCUUGCCUCUGGGUUCAGAAAAAAGAGCUGUUAUGCGUAAGACAUGGAAUACAAGAUUAUUGGGUUGUCAAAGAAAUGUUGAUAUUUGGCAAAGAAUGUUGAAAGUCAGAGCUUUAGUGAUCAAACCAAAGCAAGACAUGGAUAUGUGGAUCAAAUUUGCUAAUUUAUGUAGAAAGUCAGGAAGAUUGAAUUUGGCCGAGAAAUCUUUGAAUUUAUUAUUGGAAGAAGGAUCACCAGAAAAUCCAUCCAGGGCACCACCACAAGUUGUUUAUGCACAAUUGAAGUACAUGUGGGCUAAAGGUCAAAGACCAGAAGCAUUGCGUCAUUUAGUUGAUUUCACUACGAGAAUGUCACAAGAUCUUGGAUUGAAUCCAAAUGAUUUGAUCACUCAACCAUUACCAUCAGAAGGUCCAGGUAUUCCAAAACAUGUUGAAGACUAUACCAGAUUGUUGGCAAGAUGUUUCUUGAAACAAGGUGAGUGGCAGAUUGCUUUGAAUAAUAAUUGGAGAACUGAAACUUCAGAAAUAAUUUUGGGAGCCUACUUGUUGGCCACUCAUUUUGAUGACAAGUGGUAUAAAGCUUGGCAUAAUUGGGCAUUGGCCAACUUUGAAGUUAUUUCCCUUUACACAAGCCAAAAUGCUCCUUCUAGUAAUGGAAUAACAAGCAACAAGAUUGAGUUUUUGGAGGAAGAGCGUAAUGGAAAUUCAGAUGAUAUAAAAGUUAAACAAUUCCAACAGCAACAACAACUGCAAGCACAACAACAGCAACAAGCCAAUAUCAUUCCAAUCGAUGCUGUUCAACGACAUGUUAUCCCUUCAAUUCGAGGAUUUUUCCAUUCUAUUGCUUUAUCUAACUCCAAUUCACUUCAAGAUAUGUUGCGAUUGCUUACUUUAUGGUUCAAAUUUGGGGGUAUUACAGAGGCUGCCCAGGCAAUGACUGAAGGGUUCAACAUGGUCAAGAUCGAUAAUUGGUUAGAAGUAGUUCCACAAUUGAUUUCCCGUAUUCACCAACCAAAUGAGACCGUUAGCCGUUCAUUGUUUGGUUUAUUAGCAGAAUUAGGUAAAGCCCACCCGCAAGCUUUGGUAUAUCCAUUAACAGUUGCUAUAACUUCUGAAUCUACGAGCCGUAAAAAGGCUGCACAAUCGAUUAUUGAAAAAAUGAGAGUCCAUUCUGAGACAUUAGUCGACCAAGCUGAAUUGGUAACUCCUGAACUUAUUCGAGUUGCAGUAUUGUGGCACGAACAAUGGCAUGAUGCUUUAGAAGAUGCCAGUAGAUUUUUCUUUGGUGAACAUAAUACUGAAAAGAUGUUUGAAACUUUAGAACCAUUACACCAAUUGUUGCAAAAGGGACCAGAAACCAUGAGAGAACAAGCAUUUACUAAUGCAUUUGGAAGAGAAUUGGCCGAUGCCUUUGAAUGGGUUCUUAAUUACAGAAGAACAAAGGAUAUAACCAACUUGAAUCAAGCAUGGGAUAUUUACUAUAAUGUAUUUAGAAGAAUAUCCAAACAGUUACAACUGUUGAUUAGUCUCGAGUUGGAGAAUGUUUCACCCAAAUUGGAACAAGCACGUGAUUUGGAAUUAGCUGUUCCUGGUACAUAUCAAGCAGGUAAGCCGAUCAUUAGAAUUGUUCGUUUUGAUCCUACCUUUUCAGUUAUUUCAUCUAAACAAAGACCAAGAAAGUUUUCUUGUAAAGGUAGUGAUGGUAAGGAUUACCAGUAUGUAUUGAAAGGUCAUGAAGAUAUCAGACAAGAUAAUUUAGUUAUGCAAUUGUUUGGAUUGGUUAACACUUUGUUGGUAAAUGAUCCUGAAUGUUUCAAGAGACAUUUGGAUAUUCAACAGUAUUCGGCUAUUCCAUUAUCUCCAAAAGUUGGUUUGUUAGGUUGGGUUCCAAACAGUGAUACUUUCCAUGUAUUGAUCAAAGGUUAUAGAGAGUCAAGAAGUAUUAUGUUGAAUAUCGAACAUAGAUUAUUAUUGCAAAUGGCUCCCGAUUAUGACAUGUUGACGUUGUUGCAGAAGGUUGAAGUUUUCACCAGUGCUUUGGAUAAUUGUAAAGGUCAAGAUUUGUAUAAGGUAUUAUGGUUAAAGUCAAAAUCAUCCGAAGCUUGGUUAGAUAGAAGAACUACAUAUACUCGAUCUUUAGCUGUCAUGUCAAUGGUUGGUUAUAUUUUAGGUUUGGGAGAUAGACAUCCUUCGAACUUGAUGUUGGACCGUAUUACUGGUAAAGUCAUUCAUAUUGAUUUUGGUGAUUGUUUUGAAGCUGCUAUUUUGCGUGAGAAGUAUCCAGAGAAGGUCCCAUUUAGACUUACAAGAAUGCUUAAUUAUGCUAUGGAAGUUAGUGGAAUCGAAGGGUCAUUCAGAAUUACUUGUGAACAUGUUAUGAGAGUUUUGCGUGAUAAUAAAGAAUCUUUGAUGGCUAUAUUAGAGGCAUUUGCUUAUGAUCCUUUAAUUAACUGGGGUUUUGAUUUCCCUACAAAAGCAUUAGCUGAAGCAACAGGUAUUAGAGUUGCACAAGUUAAUACUGCUGAUUUAUUGAGAAGAGGACAAAUUGAUGAAAAGGAAGCUGCUAGAUUACAGAAACAAAAUGAAUUAGAGAUUAGAAAUGCUAGAGCAGCUUUGGUUUUGAAAAGAAUCACUGAUAAAUUGACUGGUAAUGAUAUUAAGCGGUUAAGAGGAUUGGAUGUUCCAACCCAAGUAGAUAAAUUGAUUCAGCAAGCAACUAGCGUGGAAAACUUGUGUCAACACUAUAUCGGUUGGUGUUCCUUCUGGUAA